CACUAGCGCCACGGCCACGGCGCGUGGCACGUGUGUCCCUCGGUUUCCGGCUACUUCCGGGCUCCGGCAUAUUUUUCCGGUCUUCGGUUGCAGUCGCAAAGCAUGGUUUCAAAUUUUGAGUACACUUAUGUUGUCCAUUGUCGUUUUGGAUGGGUACAUGGAAGUUAGAUCAUGAAUACAAAUAUAGGCUCUGGCGUCCUACGACCUAGCAACUUAAAAUCGUGGGCAAGCUUUCUUUUGCGUUCCGUUCAGAGUAUCCAGGGGUCAUGUGGAGCACGACCGUUCUAUCUUCACGCAAACAGGAACAGCCCUUACGCGCACAGGAAGGCUUUUUCACAAGUGAAGUCCGAGUUGCGAGCAGUACACAGGCUCUUACAGAAAUCUGCAAUUCUGACAAGAAAUUGUCCGUUUCCAACGUGUCAUAAUGCACUCCUAAGAAGCCUCCAUACGAGUGCAGCUUUAAACCAGGAGCAGAAUGGCCGGAACAAGGACAAGGACAAAGAUAAAGAUAAAGAUGAUGACGAGUCAAAAGUUUCCCUUCUGGCCAAGGCAGCCAUUUGGAUGAUGACAGCAUACAUAGUUAUCACACUGAUGUCUCUCCUGUUCCCGUCAAGUAACCAGCCUGAUGUGUUGCGUUACGUGUCUUGGAAUGAGUUCUAUCACCACAUGCUUGCCAAAGGGGAGGUAGAAGAAGUUAUUGUGCGACCAGAGCUCGACCUAGUAACGAUAUAUUUGCAAGAUAAUGCUGUCAUCAAGGGGAAAAAGUCGGAGCACAAGACGUAUCACAUGAACAUUGUGGAUGUGGAGCACUUUGAAGAAAAGCUACGUGCUGCUGAAAAGAGUUUAGGCAUUCCGGCUGAUGCUGGUGUUCCCCUUGUUUACGAACGUAAUCAGGAGAGCACAUGGCUUCUGCUGGCUUCACUUGUUGCUGUUGCUCUUAUGAUACUGUUAAUGUUCCGAAGUGGCACCAUCAAGACACCCCAAGGCAUGGACUUCUUUUCCCAGAUGGGCCGGGCACGAUUUACUGUUGUUGAUCCCUUGACGGGAUCCGGGAAGGGUGUCCGCUUCAAAGAUGUGGCAGGUCUGCAGGAGGCAAAGCAAGAAAUCAUGGAAUUUGUAGAUUACCUCAAACGCCCAGAGCGUUACACCGCUUUGGGUGCCAAGGUACCGAAAGGUGUUCUCCUCUUGGGGCCUCCUGGCUGUGGAAAGACAAUGUUAGCGAAGGCAGUAGCAACUGAAGCUAGCGUCCCAUUUCUUGCCAUGGCUGGUUCAGAGUUUAUAGAAAUGAUAGGAGGCCUAGGAGCUGCAAGAGUUCGGGAUUUAUUUAAGGAAGCACGGAAGCGAGCGCCCUGCAUAGUCUACAUUGACGAAAUCGAUGCUAUUGGAAGAAGACGUAGUGAUCUGGGAGUAGAAGGAUCAACAGGAGAGGAAGAGCAGACUUUAAAUCAACUUCUUGUUGAAAUGGAUGGAAUGGCAACCAAAGCAGGGGUAAUCCUUCUGGCUUCAACAAACCGAUCUGAAGUUCUGGAUAAAGCUCUUCUACGACCCGGUCGUUUUGACAGACACAUUCUGAUUGAUUUUCCCACAUUGGCUGAACGCAAAGAGAUCUUUGAACAGCAUUUAAAAGCAAUCAACCUCGAUAAUCCUCCUUCGCAUUACUCUAAGCGCCUUGCUCAACUUACUCCAGGAUUUAGUGGAGCAGACAUUGCAAAUGUGUGCAACGAAGCAGCACUGCAUGCUGCUCGCAACAAGGAGAAAGUAGUCUCAGCUGGAAAUCUGGAAUAUGCAGUUGAAAGAGUUGUUGGAGGAACUGAAAAAAGAAGUCAAGUUAUGUCAUUAACUGAAAAGCAAGUAGUGGCCUAUCAUGAAUGUGGCCAUGCACUUGUUGGAUGGCUAUUGGAACAUACAGAUGCCCUCAUGAAGGUUUCUAUAGUCCCACGGACAACAAACGCACUGGGGUUUUCUCAGUAUUUGCCCUCUGACCAGAAGCUGUACACUUAUGAACAGUUGUUCCAGAAGAUGUGCAUGGCACUUGGCGGAAGGGUAGCAGAAUCCCUGACUUUUAAUCGCGUCAGUACUGGUGCAGAGGAUGACCUCAAGAAAGUGAGGAAAAUGGUAUAUGCCAUGAUUCAGCAAUAUGGAAUGGACCCCGUAAUUGGUCCCUUGUCCUUCCCAGAGGAAGACAAAAAUGGUGCAGGUGUGGUAGGACGAAAGCCGUACAGUAGGAGAUUAGCACAUACAAUAGAUGAGCAAGCACGUCUCGUUGUAGCAAAAGCAUACAAGACAACAGAGACAGUAUUAAAGGAGAACAGUGACAAACUUAAGUUGUUAGCUGAAGAACUUUUGAAGCGAGAAGUACUGAACUAUGCUGAUAUAGAGCAGUUGAUUGGUCCUCCACCAUUUGGUCGAAAACACCUCAUUGAAGUACUGGAUCUUGGACCAGUAGCACAAGAGAAGAAACAAAAAAGUUCAGAGCAAGAUAGACAAGGAAAAGCACAACAAAACACUGCUGGUACCACCAAUGUCACGUCUUAGCAUAUUUGUUAUUAAACUAGGCUUUAGAUUCCAA